AUGGACUCAACCACGACGAUUGACGUCUCAACGUACGACAACCAGCUCCAAUGCCCGCUCUUUGGGACUUUACCAGGCGAGAUCCGCAACGAGAUCUUUGCGCUGGCGCUGGUGCAGGUCUCGGAGGAGGAGGGGGAUACGGCGUACCCGAAGGACUCGUACUGGUAUCGGCCUGGGUUCACGGGGCCUAGGAAGAGCAGUAGUAGUUUGCUGAGGGCGUGUAAGCUGGCGUAUGUGGAGGGGCAGAAGGUGUUUUUGAGGGAGUUGGAGUGGGCUUUCUGGUUUGACCGCGGCCCGGAGGGAAGAACGAGAAACCACGCCUGCGAGAAUUUCUUCUCCGCCCUGACGGAGCAACAUGCGCGCGACCUGACCAAGGUGCGCUUCUUUACGCAGAUGUACUGGCUCGAAGACGGGCGGAACCUGGCGACGCUGUUUGCGCAGCCGAAAUUCCGGCCCGAGGUGUUGACGAUCACGGUGCGGUAUUCGGACUGGUGGCACUGGGAGAGCGACGAGCCUUUGAGGAUGAAGGAGGAUUGGCUGCGGGGGUUCCGGGGGCCGAAGGGGUUGAGGGAGUUGAGGGUCGAGUAUGAGACGCUUGUGGGGAAGAGGGAGGAGAUGAUGGGGAUUGUGGGGAGGAAUAAGGGGUGGAAGUUGGUUGUUGGAGGUGGUGGUGCUGGGAGGGAAGGGGAGAGAGAGGAUGGAGAGGAAGAGGAAGAAGGGUAUUUGAGUGCCGAGGGGACGGAGCUGGUGGAGUGGACUUGGACGGGGGCGAGUAAACUCGGCGGGCAGACGUGGGCUCAUCACGGGGAGGGGGAUACGGUUGAGUAUGUUGUUGUUAUGGAUACGUGGAGGUUUGUCGAGGGGAGGAUGAGCGAGGAGGAUCGGGCGAGGAGGGUGGAGAGCCGACCGUUGUAUUCUGGGUAUGCUCAUCCGCAUUAUUUCGGGUGGAGUGAGGAUGAGGAUGAAGAGGAUGAUGACGAGGAUGAUGACGAGGAUGAGGAUGAGGAUGAACAGGAUGAUGAUGAUGACGAGGAAGAGGGAGAGGAUGACGAAUAA